AUGAUCACACAACGAGAAACGGUUUCACAGCGAGUGUCGUUAGCUUUGUCUCAGCGAGCAGCACAGUUCGGACUUCUCCUGGAUGAUAUCUCGAUCACCCAUUUGUCUUUCGGACGCGAAUUUACGGAGGCCGUCGAAAUGAAGCAAGUGGCUCAACAAGAUGCCGAGAAGGCACGAUAUCUUGUAGAGAAAGCUGAGCAAAUGAAAAUUGCCGCCAUUACCACAGCUGAAGGAGAUGCUCAGGCUGCUAAACUUCUUAGCAAGGCAUUUGCCGAUGCUGGAGAUGGAUUGAUAGAAUUGCGAAAGAUCGAAGCAGCCGAGGAAAUUGCAGAACGCAUGUCAAGGGCCAGGAACGUCACGUAUCUUCCGGGAAAUCAGAACGUGUUGCUCAACUUACCUACUACUCACUAA